AUGUCUACGGAUAGGACAUUGCUGGCUUCGGCAUUUGACCCACUGGGGCUGUAUCUGGCCAGUGCCGUGCUGGACCUUGAUGCUCACAAGGUGCGAGUGCAACCUGUGGAUCCCACUGCUGCGGACUCAAAUUCUACCAUUUUUGUUCUGGAGAAGGAACAGAGGCUACAAUGUCUCUCAUGGGUGAGUUUGGGCUUGAGUACUUCGCUCAAAAAACAGAAGAAGGGAAAGACAUCCAUUGAGUCUAGAGCUAUAGCCAUUGGUCUCACCAACGGUAACACUGUUCUAUAUUCUCCUACGCUCAACAGCGUUGUUGCGACAUUGACAUCACCAAGCGGAAUGGGUGUUGCCAAUUUUCAUUUUUCUACAUACACGGGCACCGGGUUCACUGCCGAUUUCUCCGGGACCAUCCACGAAUGGGACCUUUCCAGUUUCUCGCUCAUAAGAUCUUUCACCAUUGCCAACGAUUCAGGAGUGAGGAUUGUGUCGACCACGAAUUUGAAUGGAAAAGUACACAUUUUGGCUGCUUCUGAGUCGGUCUACUUGACUGCCUUGGAGACCCCAGUGGACGUGAUCACAACAUUUCCAGGCCAUGUAUCUGAAAUCCACACUGUGUUGCCCAUCUCUGAUAGUCUGUUCCUGACCAGUGCCAAAGAUGACAGGUUCAUCAACUGUUACUCUUUGAAGUCUGGUAGUACUUCGCCCGAGAUAAUACUGGUUGCCUCGGACCCAAUUUGGUCUGUUGCUCACGAGAAGAACGACCAUGGCAUGGACUUGUGUGUAGCGAUCACGGAUACUGGCAAAAUGGAGAUUUUCAACGACCCAACUAAGCCACCCGCAAAAGAUAUCAGCAAACUCAGCAAGAGAAAUAGACAUAUAAUGAGGUCCAAGAAGUCCAACGUUGUGUUGACAUUAAGCAGACCCCUGGACAAGAACCCAUCUCUAGAGUCUUUGCCUAUUCAGGCCGUUACCAUAUCAGCCCGUCAGGUCAUCAUUUCAUGGUUAGAGGAGGCUGUGAUUCCAUUUUUUGACAAACUGGCGUGGUGGAAGGAAGAUGCGGAAGGACUCAAAAGCUUCGGAUUCACUGAAAAUGUCGAACUUGUGAAAGAGCGUCCAAAUCUCAAACAUACAGACCACAGACUGUAUGGCCACGAUGUUGCUGCCUCCAAGGCAUACAAUGAAGCGCAUGCCGUUGUUAUUAGUGGUGACCAGUACCAGGACCUCUCUGAUGAUGAAACCGACACCCAGACCCUUUCGGAGAAGCUGGAGGCAUUGAACAAGUCAACACAGCAAUCGAACGGUCUUUCCGGAAAGUCCAAAAAAGCCAUGAAUGCCGGCACUCUCACGGUUGUAUUGACCCAGGCUCUUAGUUCCAAUGACCACACUCUGUUGGAAAGCGUCAUCAACAAUAAGGAUGAUUGGAUCAUCAGAAACACAAUCGCCAAACUUUCACCCAGUUUGGUGGUCACCCUCCUGAACAGGCUAUCGGAGCGAAUUGCUCGUAACUACAACAGACAGGGUGCCCUGAACGUGUGGAUCAAAUGGAUAAUGAUCAUCCAUGGUGGCUACCUCAACAAUUAUCCAAGUCUGACAGCCGAUCUUUCCACCUUGCACUCCACUCUCAACAGAAGAGCAAACACUCUGGACAGGCUAUUGGAGUUAAAGGGAAAGGUGAGUCUGGUGCUGGACUCUAUCCAACUCAAGAGAGAGAUUCUGCAUGGCUCCACCGACAGAUAUGAUUUCGAAGAAAGUGACGAGGAUGAGGUUGAGUAUGUUGAAGAGCUUGAUGAUGCUCAUUUGCUUGAAGAUGACGAUAUUUCCAUGUCUGAAGGUGAUGAACAGUUGUCCAGUGCUCCAGAGUCCGACUCUGAGUCUGAAGACGAUGAAGAACAAGACAAUAGUGUUGAUAGCGACGAGGAAGAAGCUGUUCAGCUCGUCGGCGACCAGAUAAGCAUAGGUAGUGAUAAGGACGAGGAAUAA